CUGGACAUGUCGAAGGAAGAAAAUCACGACAUUGUAAAAGCGCUGGACAUGUCCAAAGAAGAAAAUGAUGACUGUAAAAGCGCUGGACAUGUCGAAGGAAGAAAAUGACGACAUUGUAAAAGCGCUGGACAUGUCGAAGGAAGAAAAUCACGACAUUGUAAAAGCGCUGGACAUGUCGAAGGAAGAAAAUGACGACAUUGUAAAAGCGCUGGACAUGUCCAAAGAAGAAAAUGACGACAUUGUAAAAGCGCUGGACAUGUCGAAAGAAGAAAAUGACGACAUUGUAAAAGCGCUGGACAUGUCCAAAGAAGAAAAUCACGACAUUGUAAAAGCGCUGGACAUGUCCAAAGAAGAAAAUGACGACAUUGUAAAAGCGCUGGACAUGUCGAAGGAAGAAAAUGACGACAUUGUAAAAGCGCUGGACAUGUCGAAGGAAGAAAAUGACGACAUUGUAAAAGCGCUGGACAUGUCGAAGGAAGAAAAUCACGACAUUGUAAAAGCGCUGGACAUGUCCAAAGAAGAAAAUGAUGACUUUGUAAAAGCGCUGGACAUGUCGAAGGAAGAAAAUGACGACAUUGUAAAAGCGCUGGACAUGUCGAAGGAAGAAAAUGACAUUGUAAAAGCGCUGGACAUGUCGAAGGAAGAAAAUGACGGAAUCCAUGACACUGACGAGGACACUCUACAACAAUGACCACGAUAUGCUCCACUGACCUCGAUCCUGUUGAGGAAGCCACCCCUCCCCCUCCCCAUCCUUCCCCUCGACGUAACUCCCCUAUCGUCGGCCUCCCCACCCCCCGGCUUCCUCAACCCUGGCAGGUUCUCUCGGUCACCGGCGGUUCUUCGGGGCAAAGCUCUGGUACAAUUUCUCUUCGAGCAUCUUGCACCAAACCGCGCUGUAUUUCUCACGUUUCUUUGAGCCUUUCUAUCUAUCAGUAAAUUUAUCCUAAAGGGCGCUGAAGUCAUCCUCAAACUUUACUUAGCACUAGUUAAGACAUCUCGAUUAUGCAGUUCAGUUCUGGUCCCCCUACUAUAAAUGGAUAUCAAGAUGUCAGAAUCUGUAUAGAGGAGGAUGACAAAGAUGAUGCAGGGGGUGAGAAACUUGCCUUAUGAAGACAGGCUGAAGCAUUUAAAUCUACACUCUCUAAAAGGCGAAGGGUGCGAGGAGACUUGAUCGAAGUCUAUAAAUGGAUGAAGGGCUUCAAUAAAGGGGAUGUCAAUAAGAUUUUGAUAGUAAGAGAGAAAGGUAGGACGCGUAGCAAUGGUUUUAAGUUAGACAAAAAAAAUCAGAUUCAACAAAGACAUAGGCAAGAAUUGGUUUACUAACAGAGUGGUGGACGAAUGGAACAGGCUUGGCAGUCAUGUUGUGGGUGCCAAUUUCAUAGAUACAUUCAAGAAGAGGUUGGAUAAAGCCAUGGAUGGUGAGGUAAGGCGGGGUUGAGUGUACAGGAGCUGCCUUGUAUAGACCAACCAGCCUC